UCACCCCAGACCUGCUGAUGACCCCCAGUGACCAGGGUGAUGUCGACCUGGACGUGGACUUUGCUGCAGACCGGGGGAACUGGACAGGCAAGCUGGACUUCCUGCUGUCCUGCAUUGGCUACUGCGUGGGCCUGGGGAACGUCUGGCGUUUCCCCUAUCGCGCCUAUACCAAUGGAGGAGGCGCCUUCCUCGUGCCGUACUUCCUCAUGCUGGCCAUCUGUGGCAUCCCCCUCUUCUUCCUUGAGCUCUCCCUGGGCCAGUUCUCCAGCCUGGGACCCCUGGCCGUCUGGAAAAUCAGCCCCCUCUUCAAAGGUGCCGGCGCGGCCAUGCUGCUCAUCGUAGGCCUGGUGGCUAUCUACUACAACAUGAUCAUCGCCUACGUCCUCUUCUACCUCUUCGCCUCCCUCACCAGCAACCUGCCCUGGGAGCACUGUGGCAACUGGUGGAACACAGACCUCUGCGUUGAGCACAGGAGCUCCAAGGAUGGCAAUGGGGCCCUGCCCCUCAACUUCACCAGCACCGUCAGCCCCAGCGAGGAGUACUGGAGCCGCUACGUCCUCCACAUCCAAGGCAGCCAGGGCAUCGGCAGUCCUGGGGAGAUUCGUUGGAACCUCUGCCUCUGCCUGCUGCUGGCCUGGGUCAUCGUGUUCCUUUGUAUCCUCAAGGGGGUGAAGUCCUCGGGCAAGGUGGUGUAUUUCACGGCCACGUUCCCCUAUCUCAUCCUGCUCAUGCUGCUGGUCCGCGGAGUCACCCUCCCUGGGGCCUGGAAGGGCAUCCAGUUCUAUCUCACCCCCCAGUUCCACCACCUGUUGUCUUCCAAGGUAUGGAUCGAAGCUGCUCUUCAGAUCUUCUACUCUCUGGGUGUGGGCUUUGGGGGACUACUCACCUUUGCUUCAUACAACACAUUUCACCAGAACAUCUAUAGAGACACCUUCAUCGUCACUCUGGGCAAUGCCAUCACCAGCAUCCUGGCUGGCUUUGCCAUCUUCUCUGUGCUGGGCUAUAUGUCUCAGGAGCUGGGUGUACCUGUGGACCAAGUAGCCAAAGCAGGCCCCGGCCUGGCCUUUGUUGUCUACCCGCAGGCCAUGACCAUGCUGCCUCUGUCGCCCUUCUGGUCCUUCCUGUUUUUCUUCAUGCUUCUGACUCUCGGCUUGGACAGCCAGUUUGCUUUUCUGGAGACCAUUGUGACAGCUGUGACAGAUGAGUUCCCAUACUACCUGAGGCCCAAGAAGGUGGUGUUCUCGGGGCUCAUCUGCGUGGCCAUGUACCUGAUGGGGCUGAUCCUCACCACCGAGGGGGGCAUGUACUGGCUGGUCCUUCUGGAUGACUACAGCGCUAGCUUCGGGCUAAUGGUGGUGGUGAUCACCACGUGCCUCGCCGUUACCCGGGUGUAUGGUAUCCGGAGGUUCUGCCGAGACAUCCACAUGAUGCUGGGUUUCAAGCCGGGCCUCUACUUCAGGGCCUGCUGGCUGUUCCUGUCCCCGGCCACGCUCCUGGCUCUGCUGGUGUACAGCAUCGUCAAGUACCAGCCCUCAGAGUAUGGCAGCUACCGCUUCCCUGCCUGGGCCGAGCUGCUGGGUAUCCUCAUGGGCCUGCUGUCCUGCCUCAUGAUCCCAGCUGGCAUGCUGGUGGCUGUGCUUCAAGAGGAAGGCUCGCUCUGGGAGCGGCUCCAGCAGGCCAGCCGGCCGGCCAUGGACUGGGGCCCAUCGCUGGAGGAGAACCGGACCGGCAUGUAUGUGGCCACCCUGGCCGGUAGCCAGUCACCCAAGCCACUGAUGGUGCACAUGCGCAAGUACGGGGGCAUCACCAGCUUCGAGAACACGGCCAUCGAGGUGGACCGCGAGAUCGCUGAAGAGGAGGAAUCUAUGAUGUGAGGCCGAGGCAGGCGGAGAGAAGGCCCUGCCUAGGACCUCACGGUCCCUUCCUGGGGGCUUGUAAGGGGCAGACUGCCCUCUGGGGUUCUGAGAGGCUCUGGGAGGUUGCCACGGCAAUGCCAGUUCCCCAGGGCAAGUCCCUCCUUGUGGCCUCUGCCUCUCCUGAAACCUGUCAACCCCCUGCACACGCACGUGCACAGACCCAUUCAAAGCUGAGAAUGAUCCAGUAGAGCUCUCACUUUGCAGAUGGACAAAUUGAGACCAAGGAGGAAGAGACUUGCCCAAGGUCACAUGGCAGAGAGGACUUGACCCCAGGUCUUCUGACCAGCCACCUCCCUUUUCCAUGGGGCAGCUGGCACCACUGUCUCAUCUGUGUUCAGGGCCCACACCUCUCCCUUUUCUCAGGGAGCCAGUCCCCCACACUUCAACACAACCAGAAUCUUGAGCCGGGGCAGGAAGGUUCAGGGCAGUGAGGGUCCCGAGGCCCUGGGGAUUGAAGGUCAGUAAGCCAAGUGGGGAGAAAGAUCCCUGUGGGUCCAUAUGUGCAGGCCUGGUUUCUCAAAGGAGGCGGGAGCUGAGGGCCCUGGAGAAUGGGGCAGGUUUGCAGAGAGAGAGGAAGAGGAGGGCAGGGUGGGGAGGGCCUCUGGUCCAGGAGCUGCCUGGUUGGGACAGAGACCCAGAGUGGUUGGAGACAUUGGUGUUGCCAGGUUAUAAGAGGGUUUAAGUCAGAUGAAGAAUAACAGGGAGUGGGGAGCCAGGAGAAACGGUGUGGGCGGGGGAUUUGCAUGAUACAGAAUAUCUGGGUCUGGGUCUGUGCAGGGUGGAUUAGAGGGGGACAAGGUGGAGGUGGGAGGCCUGUGGAGGACAGGCAAGAGGUACUGAUGGCUUGAGCUAGGGCAUUGGGGUGGGGUGGGGAAAGAAAGGAGGAGCCAAUGCUUUAGAGAAGAGCCACCCCUUCACCUGCUGGACCCCGUGCCCGCCGUGGCAGGGAGGGUUGUGCUGCACAAGCUGUAGAGAUGGGAACGAGGGGUCGUUGUCAGGAACCGAGGCCCCUCUCUUCCUUUCUCCCUGCCCUGCCGGCCCUCAUUGUCUCCUCCAGCUCCAGGUGCUGCUGGCAAGUUGGCCUUGGCUGUGGAUGACCAGGGCAACCAAGAGCAUCAGAGAUGGUCCAAACACAAGGCUGUCUGGUCCUGAUGCUGCCCACUCUGCUCCAGGGUGCAGGUCCCAGGGCCUGGCAUGGGGGUGGAGGGAAAGAAGCAAGGACAGCUCGCAGUACCUGGGGUCCCUGAGAGAUGGGGGUUUGGGUGCAGAGACACCUGUGCAGGUCUCCUGCACACAGUGUCCUCCAAUGGGGCAGGACACCCUGUGCCACUGUGGCCAGCCUCUGUGCCAUGUCUCCUGGUGUUUCCCCAACCCAUCUGUGUUCUGUUAGUUUAUUGUUAAUAAACACCAAAUGAGGUCAUCCUCCUUA